AUGUGGCGUGUUCCAAACGGUCAUUUGGCUCUGUGCCUCGCUGCUGUCAUUCUCCAGUCAUUGGCACUAAACCUGAUUGCACGUGUGAAGACGCUUGAUUCGGUUGUUCGUUCUUCGAGCACACUGUACGAGAUUUCCUACCAUAUUACCCGUCCUCAUAGCAUCCUGCUCAUCCGCUAUUUACCCUUGACCCUUUCACAGCUACGCCGCAUCGAAUAUGUGCAUUCCAAGCAUUUAAUCUACCGGGACGUGAAACCGGAAAACUUCCUCAUCGGUCGGCAGUACUACAAUCGGCAUCGAACCAUCUACAUCAUUGAUUUCGGACUGGCCAAAGAAUAUAUCGACCCAGAGACCGGGAAACACAUCCGAUAUCGGGAACACAAAAGUCUGACAGGCACAGCACGUUAUAUGAGCAUCAAUACACAUUUGGGAAAAGAACAAUCCAGACGCGAUGAUCUCGAGGCCCUCGGACACAUGUUCCUUUAUUUCCUUCGUGGCAGUCUUCCAUGGCAAGGAUUGAAGGCAGAGAACCUGCGUGACCGGUACCAGAAGAUUGGCGAUACGAAAAGGGCCACACCAAUCGAUGUGCUAUGUCACGGCUAUCCAGAGAUGGCUGCUUACUUGCGGUAUGUCCGGAGUUUGGACUUUUUCGAAGAACCCAACUACGAAUACCUUCGGCUUAUUUUCACCGACCUAAUGCAACGAAAAGGUUGGGAAUGCGACUGGGAAUUCGACUGGUGUCACAGGCCCCUCCCCGGUGCAAAGGUUUCUUUUUCAUUCUCUUACGAACAUCAAUGCCUGUGUAUGCCCUACAUUUCACGUCAACAGUCCUCAUCCAGUCAGCACGCCACAACCGGUAACCCUCCCGGCGUUGCUGCACCAGUCACCAGUGGUGGCCCAAAUAUCGCCCCUCAGAAUACAACUGGGCUCCUCUCACCUACUCAUUUGAAUGGCGAGCACAAUGCUUUGAGUAGCACAGCUAACGAUUUGGCUGGCGCUGGGCCUACCGAUGCACCCCUUCUUGGUCCUCUUAGUGGGGGCGCCGUCGGGCAGUAUUGGACCUCAUCUACGGCGCCGACCACCACCAGCCCUGGUGUUGGUUUUCCAAACGACGAUAAUGCCGCGGCCGCCGCUAACCAGCACCACUAUAAGUCCAAUGAAUUCGGUUCCCCCUACUCCGAACAGACUGCCAAUCCGGCUGGUAUUCACACUGGCCACUAUCCCAGUCGUUCGGGUGCAAAGAACGACCUGCUAGGCGAUGAAGUCAACCCAACCAGUAACCUUCCCGUUGGUACCUCAACGUUCGGAGUCACUUGCUCCAACCUUGGUGGAGGGCUCUCACGUCCCGGACAACAUUAUGCCGGUCCCGAAACAGGGGCUUCAACACGAGAUCUGGGGUUAGGAACUACUGUGAGCAACUUAGAUACCACUGCUGUACAUGUUACCGGUGAUCACGAUGAUGGACUCAGUCAGUCAGGGUAA